UGCUAAGCAACAGCGUUGGCGUCCAGCAGACGUGUGCUUGUUCCAGGCAGGUUAUAAACGGCUCCAGUCACCAGAAGCAGUGGAAAAUGAACUGGCAACAGGAUGAACCUAAAGUAAUAGAUGAGGAGAUGCUAAAACAAGCAAUUGAGGAACAGGGACCUCAGGGACAAGCUGGAGAUAUAUCCAAGAAAGAGGGCAUCCAGUAUGAAGACGUGCUACAGCUAAGACUAGACUACAGGAACAUCCUGAAGAUUUACCACCUGUGGCAUUUCACCUCUUUAAAAAAACUUCAGCUGGAUAAUAAUGUUAUUGAGAGGAUUGAAGGAUUAGAAAACCUCACUAAUUUGGUCUGGCUUGAUCUGUCAUUUAAUAAUAUUGAAGUGAUUGAAGGACUGGACUCUCUUGUGAAACUUCAGGACCUGAGUUUAUUCAACAACCGCAUUUCUGUCAUUGAAAACCUGGACGCGCUGCAAGACCUGCACGUCCUCUCUUUUGGAAACAAUGCAAUUGCUCAACUUGAAAAUGUGUUAUACCUAAGAAAGUUUAAGAAUUUACGCACUCUCAAUCUUGCGGGAAACCCCAUCUGUGAGGAAGAGAGGUACAAGACAUUUGUGACAGCGUAUCUUCCAGACUUAGUUUAUCUGGACUACAGACUGCUGGAUGAACAAACGCGUGAAACUGCCAAUACAAAGUAUAAGUAUGCAAUUGAGGGAAUGCAACAAAAUGAGCUGCAGAAGCAGCAGGCAAUGGAGGCUCAGAAGAUCAGCAACGAGGAGCUUCAGCUGCACAAGGAUGCAUUCGUGGAGUUCUUGAAUGGACCUCAGCUCUUUAACAGCAUGUUUGAUGAAGAUCCUGAUGGGGAGAAACUGGCUCUCCUCCCUGGAAUGGAAGCAUUGCUUGAGUCAUUUAAGAGCAAAAUGGAGGCACUGUGUGUGCAGAUAUUUGAUGCGGGUUUGACUCAGCAUGCUCAGAGAACGGCUGAGGUGGAAUCCUUUUUUACCUGUUCCCGUGAGGCAGUUGCUGACAAUCGGCAGAAAGCAGCACAAAUAGCAGCUGACUUUGAAAGCUCCAGGAGGCAGAAAAUAGUGGAGAUGCACCAGAUCACAGAUGUCGAGCUACUUGAAGACCACAUCAGUUCCUGCCAGGAGCAGGCCAACCAGCUCUCUGAAACCCUCAUGAGUCUGGAACUGCAGCUGGUGGACCAACUGGAGGACAUCUUCAAAGACUUUGAGAGGAACAUCUCAGACAUGGUUGGAGGGUUUAUUGAAUAUGUGCAAGGGAUAUUUGCACAGUGCCGAGACCUGGAGAACCAGCACCAUGAACAACAGCUUGAGAUUGCCUUGGCAACACUGGAGAAGGUGGUCAAAAAUGAGCUAGAGGAGGAAAUACCUGAUGAUAUGGCCAUGCUGUUGGUAGAUAAAGACACAGUGACCAAUGCAGUCAGUGCUUCCCAUGACACCCACCUGCUGAAGAUUGAUAACAGGGAGGAUGAGCUACUGACGCGGAUCAACAACUGGAUGAGCGGACUGCUGAAAUCAAUACAUGAUGAAGAAGUGAAGAGGAAUCGCAAGCGCAUCUCAGAGAUCCGAAACUACGUUAGUUACGUGAAGGAUGAGCUGGAGGACAUGCGAUUGUCUGAGCACCAUUAA